UAAAGCCCCAAGCAAAUGAGGAAAGAUAUCACUAAGCUCAGUACCUCUGACAGAAACCUCUCCAACUCGACCCAGGACCCUCAGCCCUUCAGGAUGCGAGACUGCCCCGUUCCCCAGUGCCAGCACAGUGUUUACAGUGACUCAGGUAAGCAUUAUGAGGAGGAAGAAGAGGAGGAUGCCCUACCUGACUCGGAUGUCAUGCCAGAUUCAGAUGACGAGGUGGAUUUGGAUAAGCCACGCCCCAUACAGAUUGUUCUCGCUCAUGAAGAUGACCAUAACUUUGAGUUAGAUGAAGAAGCAUUGGAAAAAAUCUUGCUUCAGGAACACAUCAAAGAUCUUAACAUAGUAGUUGUGUCUGUAGCAGGAGCUUUCCGCAAAGGAAAAUCUUUUCUGCUGGACUUCAUGCUUAGAUACAUGUAUAACAGGACUUCUCCUUGCUGGAUAGGUGGAAACACUGAGCCUUUGACUGGGUUUACAUGGAGAGGUGGAUGUGAACGGGAAACCACUGGCAUCCAGAUUUGGAGUGAAGUGUUUGUAAUUGAUAAACCCAAUGGAACAAAGGUUGCUGUACUACUCAUGGAUACCCAAGGUGCCUUUGAUAGCCAAUCCACUAUCAAAGACUGUGCAACGGUUUUUGCCCUGAGCACCAUGACAAGUUCUGUCCAGGUAUACAACUUGUCCCAGAAUAUUCAGGAAGAUGACCUUCAACAUUUGCAGUUGUUUACAGAAUAUGGAAGACUAGCAAUGGAAGAAAUUUACCAAAAGCCGUUUCAAACACUGAUGUUCUUAAUUAGAGAUUGGAGUUACCCUUAUGAGCACGCGUAUGGCUUGGAAGGAGGAAAAAAGUUCCUGGAGAAAAGAUUGCAGGUGAAGCAAAACCAACAUGAAGAGCUACAGAAUGUAAGGAAGCAUAUUCACUCCUGUUUCAGUAACCUUGGCUGUUUCCUGUUGCCCCACCCUGGUCUUAAAGUUGCAACAAAUCCAAAUUUUGAUGGGAGAUUAAAUGAUAUAGAUGAGGAUUUUAAGAAAGAGCUGCGGAAUUUGGUACCAUUACUGCUUGCCCCUGAGAACUUGGUAGAAAAAGAGAUUAGUGGAUCCAAGGUGACCUGUAGGGAUCUUGUAGAAUACUUCAAGGCUUACAUUAAAAUCUAUCAAGGAGAGGAGCUACCUCAUCCAAAGUCUAUGCUGCAGGCAACAGCUGAGGCAAAUAAUCUUGCUGCUGUGGCAGGAGCAAAAGACUUGUACAGUAAAGGCAUGGAGCAGAUUUGUGGAGGAGAUAAGCCUUACAUUGCCCCAUCGGAUCUUGAGCGGAAGCACCAGGAUUUCAAAGAGUCAGCUGUCAAGCAUUUCUGCUCUGUGAAGAAGAUGGGAGGGGAGGAGUUCUGUCGGCGCUACCAGGAUCAGCUUGAGGCAGAAAUCGACGAGAUCUAUGCAAACUUUGUGAAGCACAAUGAUGGCAAAAACAUAUUUUACGCUGCUCGUACCCCUGCCACCCUAUUUGCAGUCAUGUUUGCCAUGUAUAUAAUCUCAGGACUGACUGGGUUCCUUGGUAUGAACUCCAUAGCUACCCUGUGUAAUCUUGUGCUGGGGAUGGCUCUUAUAUCCUUUUGUACGUGGGCAUACGUUAAGUACUCUGGGGAAUUCAGAGAAGUUGGAACAGCCAUUGAUCAGAUCGCUGAAGCUAUAUGGGAACAGGUGUUUUUCAAACUCUUUGAAGUCCUUAGAUGCCGAACAAUUCGCCGUGCUCUUACAUCAGUGCCGCGACAGCGACUCCCAUCCAACAAUAACAAGAAGAAAAACUAGCCAGUGUUUUUAACUUUCUUUCUGUAUCUGAAGUGUUCACAACUUACACACAUAGGACAAUAAGCUGGACCGUCUGGGCCGGUCUGCGUAAAUGCUGUAACCAUACCAGACUGAUGCUGCAUAUAGGGUAUGGAAUUGCACAUCCACCUUCUAGGAACUGUAAAGUGGUUUGAAUUCAGAGAAAUACUGCUGUGUAGGAGGGAUAUCACUUGUGUUCAUAGCAUGUGACUGGUUUAACCUCAUUAGUGUAGCAGUGAAACUCAUCUAUUUCAGUUCAUGCCAGUUUGUGUCAGGCUUCAGCAUUCCAAAUUUUUCCAUUAUUUCAAGUCUCAUCUUUUUGUAUGUUUUUUUUAUAUUUUAUUUUCUUUGGUUACCUCAUUUUUUUGUUUCUU